AUGGCUCCCUCCCUUCUCCAAGCAUCCGCCGCAUCCUUUGUUUUCCUUGCGCUGGGUCAUACGGUCAAUGGCAAACAAUGGACAUCCGACCCUCGAUUCAAAUCCAUCGCCGGAACAAAGCCCUGGGCUAGUGGGACUGUGGGGUGGUAUCAGGGAAGUGCAUUCUUCUUGGUUACCGGUCUACUGCACUACCAAUGGUCCCGUAACCCAUCUGCCCUCCAAGACCCGAUUAACAAGGCUAUUGCUGGUAUCAUUAAUGUCCUGCUUUGGUCUAGCUCGGCUUGGUAUUUUAAGCAUGGGAUUACGGAUAAUGCUUGGGCUGUGGGUUUGUCGGCUGUUUUGCAGGCUUGGGGGGUUGUUCAGGCUAUUCUGUGA